GUUUCAAAAUUGGAAAGAAAAUUCCAAUCAGCGGAGUUUUCACUCGGUUUUAGUGCUAGUUCUUCGGAAUCCGGAUAAGAAUUUUGUUUUACAGAUUUUUGGUUUGAAAAAACCAUGCCAGAACAACAGAUGCCGGUCUACGAUAGACCAUCUUCUAGUUCAUCCUCAGAGCAGGCAUCCCGUGAACAUUCGCUCGGUAAUGAAGUGACUUUUCGUGAUGAUCCAACCGCAUCAAUCCAGAGGGAAAAUCAUUUUGUGGCAAUUCGAAAUAUGCAAAAUAGCAACAGAAACAGUCGACAUCGGAACCGUUCUCUGUUUUCGAAUCCACCCUUCGAGCGAUCGUUUGUUCCAGCUCCAGCCCGAUACUAUCCGAUAAUCAUUCCGGCUGAACCAACCAUUGAAGAUCUGCUGCGCCAAGCGGCCGGAUCCAGCGAGCUGCACCAAUUGACGGAAAUCAAGCUGAAGGUAAUUUCCCACAUGACCAGCCUGCAGCGGAUUCCGUUCUUUAUUCCGAACCUGAGGGCCCUCACCCUCGAGGGAAGCAUCGUUAUGACCUUGAGAGAUUUGGGUUGCGAUAUGACGUCACUGGUCUAUUUGAAUGUAAGUCGAUGUAGCUUGAAGAACCUCGAUGGUACCAGUGGGCUGGAAACAUUGGAGGAACUGGUGGCCGAUUACAACCUGAUUGAGGAGGUGGGCCCCUGCACCAAUUUGGUUAUGAUCAAGAAGAUAAGCUUGAAAGGCAACCGAAUAACGGAUCUGGGAAGCUGCACCUUCCUGGCCAUGUGCGAACUGCUCCAGUCACUCGAUUUGCGCGAAAACUUUGUUUCGGAACACCCAUCUUUUCGGCACAUGCUCAAAGAAAACAUACCCCAGUUGCGCCAGUUGAAUGAGAUUCCAUUCUCGGACGCCGUUGCUCUUGAAGAUGAAAGUUCUUCUGAUUUAUCUGCGGCAGCGGAGUCAACAUUGGCCGUCCCCGGAAGAAACAAUCCGACCCGUGGACCUUGGGACAUUGGUGGAAUUGGCGAUGGUACCUGGAACGAAACUUCGGUGGUUCGCCCUUGGACAGGACAUCAGGAACGAACCGUAACACUGGAAUUGUUGGAUAACAAUCGUCCCGCUUCAGCUGAUGCUAACAAAAUAAAGAGUCAACUAACAUCCGGGGAACCGUUGUGUGGUUCGAUCGUCACCAAAGCUCGCCGCACCAGACGUCAGCGGACGGCUUGGGGUGAGUCUACUUCCUGUUCCAGCAUGAGCAGUUCCGAUUCGUCCUAUUCGAAAGAUUUUCCCGAUCGUUUGCCCCAGAAAAAUGUGGACCUAGAGUUGGGGGUCAUUGGGCUGCAGGGGGAACCGGAUGGAGCCAGUACGGCAGAUGAGGAUUCGCAAAGUUUGCUACGGGCAGCUCGGCUUUGGCGUCAGCGAUCGGUGCAAACGCGUGAAGCCAUCAGAGCGCAGGAUCAGCUUCAGCGACACAUAAGUGAGGGCUAGAUUCAUAAGGACUGUACUCGAAAAAAAAAAAUCCAACACUUUGUUUUUUGAAUAGCUAGAACCUAAUACAAUUUUAAGAUGAGCAAAAUUGUGUGACUCUGUUGAGCGGUUUUUGGGAUAGUGUACAAUUCAGAAGUUCAUCGACCAAAAUUUUUGAGCGUGAUCUUGGACAAUUCAGGGAAUUGUGAGACCGCUAAAUAGUCGAAAAUCGGCAUAGUUGAACCGGAAUGAAUGUGGUAAAUCAUUUGAGGGGAUCAAUACUAUUUAGUGGUGAGAUAAAAAUUAAAUUAAAGCGAAACUAAUUGAUACCACGAAGGAAAGGAAUGAGAGAAGUUUUAUUAAGAAAAAAGAGCUUUUUAACUGAAGAAUUGGUAAAGAAUUUAAUUUUGUCUGGUUUGUGAAAUAGACAACGAAAUAUCUAGGCCGGAAGUUUAAAAAUACUGUUGAACGGUAAAAUAAAAUUAAUACCGUGUUCAAAUCGUGCGCCAAAUAGUUGUACGGCAAGCGAAAUGUAGUUUGUGCGAAAAAAAGAAAUCAAAAUGGACUGUAGAACCAACGUUUUAACGAAAUCUCCAGCAAUUGUUUUCUGAACAAGUUUAGCUAGGAUUAUUCAGAGAAAAAUGAAGAGAAAACAGUUGAAAGAUUGAUAUCAAGUAUGUUCUUUAGGGUGGCAAUGGAUGUAUGGGACAAAUCGCAUGAUCGAAUUUAGGAAACCGGCCAUAUGCAUUUCGUAGAUCGGCCUUACAAAACUGAAAUUUUAGCUCGGUUGCACUUGAUUCAGGGGUGCCUCUACGCGCUCAAAGUUUCGUGUUUUUGACUAUCAAAAAUCACUUAAGGGAGGCAAAGGAAAUUUUUUGUUUCCAAAUGACUUAAAAAUACAUGCUGUUUCCCGGAAAAUCGACUAAGUUCCAGAAAGUCAAUUGAAGUUUAUUACAUUUUUCAAGACAUUCGGCAUCAAAAUAAAAAUUUCGAUUUUUUUCAAUUUGCUUUGGUCCCUCCUAAAGUGAUUUUUGAGGGUAAAAAAUUCUAAACUUUUAGCGCAAUAAGGCACCCUUAAAUCAAAUCCGAUUGCGCUGAAUUUUCAGACAUUUUGGUUCCAAUCUACAAAAACUCAUAUGGUCAGUUUUCGAAAUUCAACAUAACUUAUUUGGCUGCUACCUUAAUUUGGGAUUGUCAACAAUUGUGGAAGCUGAAUAUCAGUAAGUAGAACAUAAAAAUUGUUUUUAUAUUAGCCAAACAUUCAACAAGAAUGCCACUAAACGUGGCCGCUUUUCUUCCUUAGCACUUCCAUAGGUCUAACAAAACUGAUACGUUGUUUCUGUAGAAUCUUGAAUCGAGCCACUUAACCAUUUCUUCCCUCCUACAUGUACUGAAUCUAUGAAAAUAUACUUUCCUACAGUGAAAAUGUCCGGAAAAUCGAUUUGACAUAGUGUAAGCCACCGCACGAGUUUACGAACGGAGAUAGAUUCCCUUUUUAACCCCUAAUUCCCCUAUAUUGUGGAAAAUUGAGUUUUGGCAGAUUUUACCCUCAUUCCCUCUAUAUUUUUCAAUUAAUUAUAAAAAAGAGAGUUUUUUGGGAAGAAUGACAGCUUGCUGUUAAAUUCCUUGAAAAAAAAAGAGAGAGAUCGGACUUGACAAAUUUUGAACCAAAUGAGACUUUUCUUAUGUUAUUUUUUCCCGAGGAAACGAAUAAAGGCUGUUUGAACAUCCGCACGCAUUGGAAAAUUGAGUUCUGGCCGUUUUUCCCUCGAUUUAUCAACAUUUUUGAUAUAGUUAAGAAAAAGCUUGUUAGUUCAGUACUUACAAAUUUUGAACCAAAUGAGACUUUUCUUAUGUUAUUUUUUCCCGAGGAAACGAAUAAAGGCUGUUUGAACAUCCGCACGCAUUGGAAAAUUGAGUUCUGGCCGUUUUUCCCUCGAUUUAUCAACAUUUUUGAUAUAGUUAAGAAAAAGCUUGUUAGUUCAGUACUUACAAAUUUUGGAGCAAAUGAGACCCAUUUAGUGUGAUUUUAAUCGAAUGAGGGCUAUUUCAGCCACCGCACGCAUUGGAAAAUGGAGCUAUGGCUGUUUUUACCCAUUUUCACCUACAUUUUUCAAUUAAUUUAGAAAAAAAUUAGUUCUGUCUUAAAAAUAUUAAACCAAAUGAAACUUAUCUUAUGCGAUUUUUUUACGGGGAAUCAAACGAAGGCACGCUUCGGAAACUGGAGUAAUGGCAAUUUUACCCUGUAAUUCCCAACAUUUUUCAAUUAAUUCAGAAAAAGCUUGAUCGCACUGGAAAAAUUUGAAAGAAAUGAUAUUUAUCUUGUGAGUGUGUGUUUUUUUUUUGAGGAAUUAAAUGCAGGCUGCGUGAACCAUCGCGCGCAUCGGAAAAUGGAAUUAUGACUGUUUUUACCUCAAUUCCGGCUACAGUUUUUUAAAUACUUUAGAAAAUGCAUGUUUGAAAAUAACCAAACGAAAGUUAUGUUGUGUUUGGGUUUUUUCUCUCAAGGAAUCGAAUGAAGGCUAUUUGAGCCACCACACGCUUCAAAACGAGGGAGUUGUGGCAAAAUUUUCAAAAAAUGUAGUGGAAUAGAAGGUAAAACGGCUAUAAAUCCAUUUUCUGAUGCAUCUUUAUUGGAUUUCUCUAAAAAAAAAAACCACACAAGAUAAGUCUCAUUUGGUUCAAAACGUUCAAGUCCGAACAAGCUUUUUCUGUUGGGAAAUUGAGAAUGAAACGGUCAUUAUUUCAUUUUCCGAUGCGUGUGGUAGCUUAAACAGCCUUCAUUCGAAGUCUCAUUUGGUCAAAAUAUUCAAGUUUAAACAUGCGUUUUUCUGAAUUAAUUGAAAAAUGUAGAGUUGAGGGUAAAAGCAAUCAUAACUUCAUUUCCUAUGCGUGCGGUGGUCCAAAUAGCCUUCAUUCGAUUCCUCGGAAAACCCAUUUGGUUCAAAAUUGUCUAGUCUUUACUUACCCUUUUCAUAAAAAAUUGAAAAAUAUAGGGUAAAAUUCAAAGAUAAAAUCAGCCAAAACUCCAUUCUCCGAAGCGUUCGGUUCCUCAACAGCCUUCAUUCGAUUUCUCGAAAAAAAUCUGAGAAGAUAGGUUUAUUUUUGUUCAAAAUUUACAAGUCCAAAUCAGUGUUUUUCUGAAUUUUUUAUAGAAUGUAGGGGAAUUAGAAGUUAAAAACUAUAUCUCCGUUCGUCAACUCGUGCGGCGUCUGAAACUAUGUCCAAUCGAUUUUCCGGACACUUUCUUAAAAGAAAAGUAUAUUUUCAUAGAUUUGGUUCACGUAGGAGGGAAAAUAUUGAAUUUCUUCGCGGUUUUUACACUGUUUCCCCAUAGUGCAUUGAGAAAAACUUUUCGCGGAGUGAUAAAAAGUCAUCAAAGUUGAUUAUUGCAGAAGGUCAAGCUUCAGAAAAUAAAGAAACAUCAUUCAAAAUAACUGUUGUAAAACUGGCCACCGUACCAGUUCGCGGUUGUUCAAAAGUCGCUGAGAAAUAACAAGAAGAAAAUUUUAACCAUCGUGGCCAUCUUUCGCGUCGAGUUUUAAAAGUACAGACGGCUUGAAGCUUUUAAGUGUUACAAAUUUGUUUGUAAACCCGAUAAUAAAUCCCGAAUUACAUUUUGUUGGUUGUGCGCGGGAUCUAUGCACUUGUAGGUCUAGUUAGAGUUUGCCAUCAGUGCAUUUAUUGAAUGAUUUUGUAUUUGCAGUAAAAGAUAUAGACGCUAGUGAUAGAUCACCGAUUUCUGUCGAUCAGAUCGCAGAACUAAUAUUACGGUAAAAUUUGUGUCUUUGCUCCGAACGAUUCGGUUAUAAUCAAGAACUUGUUUACAGGGAAUUCUUUUAAGAAUCAGUUGUCAGUCAGGGAACAGUUGAUGCGUAUAGGGUCACUGAUUUGUGAGUAACAUAACCAAACUUUAUUUUGAACAUAAUGUUGACUAACGCGCAAUUUUGUCUCAUAGAUUUGAAGUGUUAAAAUCCUCUCUAAUAAACUAUUAAUAAUAAUAAUAAUAAUAAGAUUUGAAGCAUCAAAACAUCUUUAACAUCACAACAAAAAGGGUAACGGACCUAUUUUGGACCGGGUACAUAUUUUGGACCACCUUAUAGCUUUUUUCCAAUGUUUCUCUAAUAAAUAAUGUUAAUCAUGAAAAUUUUGAACAAAUAUAGUUAAAGCUACAUCUUAUGAUUCCAAUAAUACCUAACGUUCCAUUGAAUUAAGCUAAUAAGGAGAGAAAAUUGAAAAUAAUGUUUUGAUUUUUCACAUUUGGGCCGAAUCAAGCUAAUUUCAGGAGGACUUGCCAUAAUAGGAGUCAACUUUCAAGAGGAUUUCUGCAAAGUCGUGAUGAAUUGAACAAAUACAAACAUGUUCACAGCUAUGAUAAAAUACUUGAAAACUAGUUUGUGAGCUCGAAGAACCGAAAAAACUUGUUUUAAUAGCAAUUUGACCCAUGUCGAAAAUAGGUCCUACUUAAUUCCUUAGGGACUUAUUUUGGACCACUCAACAUAGCGUGGGGAUUGAAUUUGAUGUUAAAUGUUCAUGAACGAAAUGAAACAUCGUAAGUCGAUAUGAAAACAAUUAUGUACACAAUUUCAAUCGCUUAUUAUGGAUAAAAUUUCGGAAAAUUGGCUUUUUUCUAUUACAUCUACUCGCAAAAGCCCAACCCUGCCUUUAGACGGGGUUCACUUCAAUCGACAUAAAACCUAGCUAAUCAUUGUUUUACCUUACUGUUUGUGCUAUGUGCUAUGCACUAUGCUUUCAACCACGUUUAUCUAACAAUCACCAUGUCAACUUUUUGAUAAGCAGUUGUCAAAAGCUACAGCUAAAAGAAGCUUUAAACAUGAAAAAACCGGCCAUACACCAUUUUUUUUAUUAAGUUAACAUUUGUUUUUGCUUCAUGAGAAAUAAUUGACAGUUUUUUUUUUCUAAAAGUUACUACUGUUCAGAGUUGAUUUUCGAGAAAAAAAAAUAUACUUGGUUAGGUAGAAGAGUUGAAAUAUAAACCCCGUCUAAAGGAGGAUUUGGGGAAAAAUCGACAACAAAUCGGCAAAUAUGGAAGGUGUUCAAUUUUUGUAACAGUUAAAAUAUUUCAAUUAAUAAGUAGUAGAACAAUUUUGAAAAAAAAAUAUAUUCAACUUUAGCUAUGAGAUAGUCUUAAUAUGUAAAAAAUUGGUGAAAUGUGUAAAAAUUACAAGCGAAAAAGUACUAAAAAUCUAGUUUUUCAGCCCCUGAACUAAAAUUUUGUGAAUUUUUCAGCGAAAAAAAUCUGGCUUUUGGACGGUUAAAAAGAACUCAUAAUUCUCGCACAUUUUUAUCUUUUUGAAUCUCUGUAUUCUACAGAACUGAAGCCAAACCAAAUCCACUAAGGUUUUGUAAGUCAAAAUGCAUCAAUUGAUGUCACGGAGUUGAAGAUGUCAGACUUUCUCAGCUUAUCGCUAGGCUGAAGAAGAUUUGCGUUCAAAAAAAUAAUCCUAAACAUAAGCCAACUGGCCAGUAUUUAACACUGCAGGAAAAAAUGUCGUCUAGAUUGCAGUGUGCUGUAAAAAAUUCCAGAACAUUUGAAACACACUAUAUAACGGAGCAGUUUUUCCGUUUUUAUUCUUUUCUUAUCGAAAAUUAAUGUUUUGAAGCAUAAUAAAUUGUAGAAAAAAGGGUGUAAUAAGAAAAAUUCAACAAACAAGUGUACCAAAAUAGAAGCUGAAAUUAAUUCAGAAAUGAAUUAACGUGAACAAACAAAACUUGACUACAAGAAUAAGAAAGGAAAAGAUCAACAGAACUAUUCGCAUAAUUGCGCAUAAAUCAUUGUCGUAAAUUUAACAAAGUUUAAAGAAUACAAACUUAUUCAGUUCAAGGGUGGUCCAAAAUAGGUCCAGAGAGUGGUCCAAAAUAGAAACCUGGUGGUCCAAAAUAUCGACCAGAGUAAUGAACGAGAAACGAGUUUUUUUGCUUAAAUCUGAUAACAUUGCACCAAACGACGACAUGUUUCGAUAUAGCUUAGAUCUUCGUUAUGAAAAGACAAAGCAGUUAAAAAUUGUAACAUAUACUUUUUUAUUUUAGAAAAUAGCAUAGCCACUUCCCAAAGCGGUGCAAAAAAGGUCCUUUACGCUAUAUUACUAUCAAAGCCAGUGCAUUUUUUUUUAUUACCACCCUGCUAUCAACAAUAACCUUUGGUUUAGAAAAGAGGUGGUUCAAAGUGUGAACUAUAAAAGGCGCACGUGCCACUCAAAACUUUCGAUGCACUUCUUCAUUCGAUGCUAUCUCAAAACCACUAGUCAGAUCAUCACAAAAUUUUGUACAUAUCUACAUCAUAGAAAAAAUUUCACAAAAAAAAUUCAUCAAUUUCCAUCCACACAUUCAAAAGUUAUUCACAAAACAAAGUAUUGCAAUUUUUUCGAGUACAUUUCACGUGGGGAAGUUUGAUAGAAUAAGCUAAUCGUUGUUUGGUAUGUACAGAUUUUAUUCUUGCAAAUAAAUAAUCACAAUUUUA